AGUCCUAUGAGCAGCUGAAACGACUAAUAGAACUACGGGUUUGGUUAGAAAAAUUUAUUACGGUACGCGCGAUGAGAUGUUUCGGGUGACAAUGUGCUUUUUUUCCGGAGCAAAAAUAUGGAAGCGACGAGCUCGACACCAUGUUCACCAGGAAGUGCUGACUCUACAUUUACUAGCGUCAAACACGAAUCUAAAUCAAAUCCGGAUAGCCCGGUGGAGGCUUCCAGCCCUCUCUCUAUUGGUGGUAAUGAGCUUGUGCCACCAGCCGAUUGGUAAAAUGGACGUUUUCAAAAUAGAUCAAUCGCUGAGUGGUAACCUGGGUCGCGCUCCCUCUCCCGAAAAGAUAAACUCUCCGCAAAUUACUUUCGAAGCCGGUUCCGAGUUCAAUUUAUGUUUUUUUGACACUCCUGAAGAUACGCAGGGAUUUAGUGACCCUAGUUCAGUGGGUUCAACGACUGAAGGUUCUCCCCCGCCCCAACAAUUAACAUCUUUACAUAUACCUCUUAAAGUUACGCCAGUGCAAAGUCCGGUGCUGAUCACUUCCCCAGGAGGAACCACAUCUACUAUAGCAAUCAAACAAGAACAUUACGUCGCUGCCGAUUCUAACAGUUCCUCUACCACCAAAUCUUUCGUUCCUUGUAAAGUAUGUGGAGACAAAGCAUCUGGUUACCAUUACGGAGUAACCUCUUGUGAAGGAUGUAAGGGAUUCUUCAGAAGAAGUAUUCAGAAGCAAAUAGAAUAUCGAUGCCUCCGAGACGGCAAGUGCCUAGUAAUACGUUUAAACAGAAAUAGAUGCCAGUAUUGCCGAUUCAAAAAAUGUUUAUCCGUUGGGAUGUCUAGAGACUCUGUUCGAUACGGUAGGGUGCCAAAGCGGUCGAGGGAAAGAAGUACUGAGGAACCUUCAAGAGUAACGACCUCAGACAUUGAUCAACCUGAUGCAGAAACUAAGCAACUAGCUAUAUAUGAUAUCAUCCUUAGUGUAUCACAAGCACAUCAUGCGAAUUGCGGAUAUACGGAAGAACAAACGCGCAAUCUAUCGAGAAAACCAAUUAUUCUUCCUCCCGCGAGCCCAGAGUCGGAUACAGAGGUAGCUUCAUCAACAGCAGAAUCAUUAGAAAUGGAGAGAUGUUGGUUGUGGCAACAAUUUGCCUCAAAUAUUACGCCGAGCGUUCAAAGGGUGGUAGAGUUCGCGAAACGAGUUCCCGGAUUUUGUGCUUUAGGCCAAGACGAUCAAUUGAUACUCAUAAAAAUAGGAUUCUUUGAAAUUUGGUUGAGCCACGUUGCAAGGCUAACUUCGAAUACUUCGAUGAUGUUCGACGAUGGGACGACGGUUAGUCGUCAACAAUUAGAAACUAUGUAUGAUAGCGAUUUUACCACAUCCCUAAUCCAUUUCGCUACCAGCUUCAACGCUCUUGCCCUUAACGACACAGAGGUUGGGUUGUUUUCUGCCGUGGUUUUAUUAACGGCGGAUCGACCUGGUGUAACCGAUGUAAAAACGAUCGAACAUCAUCAAGAUAAGUUGAUAGAAGCUUUGAAAGUACAGGUGGGACGUAACCACGCAAGCGAACCACAAAUUUUUUCAAAUUUAUUGAUAAAACUCCCGGAAUUAAGGAAUUUGGGGGCCAAGCAUACUACUCACCUGGACUGGUUCCGAUUGAACUGGACCAAACUCACACUACCUCCCUUAUUUGCAGAAAUUUUUGACAUUCCUAAAACAGAAGACGAUCUCCAGUGAUGCCACAAGUUAUGAAACAAAAUGACGUAUGAUUCCGGAAUUAAUCGACAUAACUUAAUGUAUACGCCGUGAAUCUUGCUGUUUUAUGCCUCGACUUGCUCAAAAUGUGCUACAAGGCUGAAUAUUGACGUAUGGAAGUUAAAUUUUUGUAAUUGUCUUUAAUAAGAUCAUAUAAUUAUUUUAAAAGGAAGCAUAUCAUUUGGAAAACUUAGAAAAAAUAUUCAAAUUAAAAAAAAUUAUAUGACUUUAGUAUAAAGAGAGUUAUCAACUAUUAUCGACAGGGUCAAGCUUUUCGUUUCACUUAGUGAUUAGAUUUAUAUAGUUUUUAAUUGAGAUUUUUUAAGAUGUUAUACAUAUCAUUAUGAAUGAUAUAUGUAUUUAAACGUAUCUAUGUACAUAGUAUUCUGUUUUAAUUUUAUAAAUUUUGGUGUGGAGGACUAUCGGUAAUGUAUAACUAAUUUAUAGUUUAAUCACUUUAGAUUCAUAAAAAAUACAAUAAUUGAAACAUAAACAAAUUAGGAAUGAAAUAAUAAUAAUAAAUAUUAAUAAAUAAAAUGUUAAUAGGUUAUAUGAGAAACUUUCUCAAUAAUAAUAUACAUCCAUUAUUUAAUUGAACAGAUAAUGAGGUUGAACAUAUCAAUUAUUUAUUUCUCUUUUGUUACCAACACUUAUAAAAAAAACUGAUAUUUUAAUAAAAACGGUUCAUUUAUCAACUUUUUAAUUUAUUAUUCUCUAAAUAAGUAUGAAAAGAAUUUUAUGUCAGUCUGCCGUUAUUACAAAUUUAAGCGAUAGAUAUCAAAAAAAGUCAGAGAGGUUGCAACUUGUUAUUAUUGCCUAACUUCUUAAGAAAAAAAGUAUCUUAAAUUUUGGGAAAACAAUUGGAUUAAGAAUACAAAAAAAAUAAUUUCACAAUCUAUUCGAAAAAUUAGUACUAGAGGAUAAGGAUUAUUACCAGAAUAAAACUUGAAACCAAAGAAAUAGUAUAUUCGAACAAAGUAUACAAACAACAGAGAGUUUCUACAUUCAUGCAACAAAAUUCAGUAGGUGAUUGCUUGGUGAAAUUAACCUACAACAAAAUUGAGUUUCUAUUUUUUUUUCUAAGGUUUCAGUUAUACUAAAAACUUUUAAUUCUGUAAUUUUCGUGCACUCGUAAAAGACUAACUACGGAUAUUUUUUCAAUAUUCCUGUUACAUUAUACUGGGGUGGAAUUAGUAACUAUUACUUGUAAGCAUCAGUUGUAUUAUUGUUAAAUUUUUUUCCAAAUCCAACAGCUGGAAAGGAAAAAAGCAACAUUAUAAUUUAUAAUUUUUUCAAUAGAUUUUUUAUCAAGACCGCAACAUGUUAAAUUUUUUUCUGUCUUAUAUAUAUUAUAAUUAUAGCAGAAAUUCAUUUCAAAUUAGAAGAGAUCUAAAAUCAAGAACAUUUAGAAACAAACAUAUUAAAAGGUCUAAGAAAUAAGAAAUACAUGAAAGAAACGGGGUGAGGCAUUGUGAAUUAGCCCCUAAAAUAUAUAGUUUACCAAAGCUGCACAAGCCUACCCCAUUAUCUAAUUAUUUGAAAAAUAUUUACUCCAAAACAAAAUAUUUUAUAUCAGCACAAUAGUAUAUCAAAAACACAUGGUGUUUCAAAGAAAAAAUUAAAAGUAUGAAAAAUCAUAACGAAUAUAUAUUUAUUUAGUUGGAUGUAGUUCCUUUAUAUACAAAUAUUCCUAUUUCCAUUGUGAGAAAUUAAAGAAUAUAUAGAAAUACCUCGAAACAAAUUUAUUAAAGCUAUAAAACCAUUACAACAACAUAUUACAAGUGUUAUAGCUCAAUUAGUAAUAGAAGAUCUCGAGGAAACUGUCCUAAGCAAACUUGAUAUAAACAUUCCAUUCUUUUUCUGAUAUGUAUAUGCGUUACUGCCGUACCAAAGAAUUUAAAUUGGAAACAUGAAUAAAAAAUCCAAUUCUAAUCAUAUAAAACUUCAAUCAACAAUCGAAAUCGCACAAAAAUAUUGAAAUCAAAUUUCUUGAUGCCACAUUAAAUAAAAUUAACAAUAACAAGAACAGAAUGGUAUACGAAACCAAUUUGAUUCUCAAGAUAUUUGAACUUCACUUCAUUUCUUCCUAUGUCACAAAAAAAUAAGUGAUAGUAAGUUUUGCUGUUAUCCUACUGCUAUCCAACUAUCAGAUCCUGAAUUUAGAUGCUUAGCUAUUCAAAAAACAGAAACAGCAUUAAAAGAAAAUAAUUAUCCGAAAAAAAUGAUGAACAACAUAUUCAAAUAAAAGAAUAAACAGAUAUUACAAUCAAUUAAAAAGUAAAACAGAAAAGAAAACAUCGGAACAAAACACUUCUCCUUACCAUAUGUACAAGGAUUUUCCCAACAAUUUUCAAAUUAUUUCAAUAAAUAAUAUUUUAUUAUUUAUUAAUAAUUUAUUAGUAUAAGUCAUGAAAAACAUAAUACAUUAUCCAAAUAUUUCACUUACUUAAAAUCUAAAACACCAAAAAACAAAAGAAAUAUUAUAUACCAAGUGCCUUGUACUAAUUGUGACGCUGUCUACA